AUCGAUUUGGUGGUGAUCGUAAACUGAUUCAAAUCUCUGAAUCCCAACUGCACGCCGAAUUUACGGAACCAAAAACGCUCUGACGCCCGCAUUUAUGAGCGGACGCACAAGUAUGUUACGAUGGCUCGAUUGCUUUUGCCUAGCGGAAAUCACUCAGUAAGGACCAAGCACUAAAUAACCAAGGAAAAGGAAGUGAGUCAAGGACGUACUCCCCUUGGUGACAGCGUGGGCCGCUGAGAUUUGGGAGUCUGCGCUGGGUCCGCUUGGAGUUCUGAGCGGAUGGAAGAUUUUCAGUCAUGUUUGCACCCGCGGUGAUGCGUGCUUUUCGCAAGAACAAGACUCUCCGCUACGGAGUCCCCAUGUUGUUGCUGAUUGUUGGAGGUUCUUUUGGUCUUCGUGAGUUUUCUCAAAUCCGAUAUGAUGCUGUGAAGAUUAAAAUGGAUCCUGAGCUUGAAAAAAAACUGAAAGAGAAUAAAAUAUCUUUAGAGUCGGAAUAUGAGAAAAUAAAAGACUCCAAGUUUGAUGACUGGAAGAAUAUUCGAGGACCCAGGCCUUGGGAAGAUCCUGACGUCCUCCAAGGAGGAAAUCCAGAAAGCCUUAAGACUAAGACAACUUGACUCUGCUGAUUCUUUUUUCCUUUUUUUUUAAAAAAAUAAAAAUGUUAUCAACUGGACUUCCUAAUAUAUACCCCUAUCAAGUGGAAAGGAAAUUCCAGGCCCAUGGAAACUUGGAUAUGGGUAAUUUGAUGACAAAUAAUCUUGAUAAAAGGUCAUGUACAGGUUUUUAUACUUCCCAGAUAUUCCAUCUGUGGAUGAAAGUAACAGUGUUGACCACGUAUAUUUUACAACUUGAAAUAAAAAAUGUAAAUACUGCUCCAAAA